AUGGGUUCUCGUUCCACGGCCGGUCCAGCGCUCUUGAGAUCGUGGUUCUCGUGGUUCAGAGGCUCGCUGCUGCUCCGAUUGGUCGGCCCACCCACAGCCCUUCUGGCCCUCUACCUCGAAGUCUACGGCAGCUCCCCAGCCGCCGCCUCGCUUAUUCUUCACCGACUCGCUCGCCGCUUUCAUCUCCCAACCCUCUUCUGUGCACUCGCAACCACGCAACGUAGGCCGAAUCCUCUGUCAGAUCGUGGUCCACCACCUGCCAUGGAUCGAGCACAGACACAAACCCUGCACCACAAAGGGGCAGACCCGUCAUCCUACGCCGAAAUAUCAUCUGCAUCCGCCCACGCCGCCUCCAUGCCCGCCUCUCCCUCCCAACCUCCUGCAAAAGCCAUGUCGGCGCACUCCCGCUCAAAGACGGUGGACAUUGUCGGCCAGGGCAAGCGCCUCUCACUGCAGUUCCCCAUUCAACCCACUGCAUCCGCAGCCACUCCCGCUUCUGCCACACGCACGCGCCCUCAAUCAUGGAUGAAUGGCACCUCACCCAUCCCCUCGCCCGAGCCCCAGGAGACGCCUCACGAGACCAACAUUCUCGCCGUUCUCGCUGCCCAGGAGCGCUAUGUGCUGGAGCUCAAGGAGGAACUGAGCAAGGCCGAAGCCGAUUUGAACAUGCUCAAGUCGCAUUGGGCCCGUCAUGAAGCCAGUAAGCGCCACAACCAGGUGCGCAGGGUGGCUCCAUUGCAACCUCUGGACACUUCACUUGCAAAUUCCCCGCCUACCCUGUUCGACGACGAUGCCUCGGGUCUGUCCAUGCAAAAGGAAAUGGAGCGCAGAAAGAACCUCCUCAGUCAUUCCAAGCCCGCACAACGCAAGGUCUUCAGUGGCUCGCGCCAUUUGCGCACCCUGUCGCUCCUCUCUCCAGACCGCAUCGACUCACCCUCCUUCCCCCACACUGCCGACCUUUUGGACAACCAAUCCCCCAGCAUGCGGCCUCUGCAUUCCGCGCGAACAUCCACUUCGUCAGAAAUCACGCGCCCACUAGUCUCCCCCGCCGAGCAUGACCGCUAUGACAUGGGUGGCAUGCCAACCAUUCAGCGCGAGCAGCUCAUCCGCGCCGGCACACAAAUGGCUACCGACUUCAAGAAGGGAUUGUUUACUUUUAUCGAAGACAUCCGUCAAGCUACCGUUGGCGACGAGGCAGUGCACACCACCGACUCUGCUUCUGGUUCCGCUAGCGCCAAGGGCUCCAAGACUAACCGCAAAUCGUCUGAAACUCGCCCCCCACUUAGUCGCUCUGCUAGCUCCAAGAAGUCGACGCAACAGACUGGCUCCUUUGGCGAUGACUUUUGGAAAGAAAUGGGCCUCAGUGAUCCCAAGGCUACGGCCCCAAACAAAAAGACACAGGCGGUCAAGAACAUAAACACCCCACAAAAGCAAAUACGAAAGGUGGCCUCCGAGGAGGACUGGGACAAUUGGGACACCCCCAAUGACUCGCUCCUAGUAGACGUCACAGAUCCCAAGGACAGUUCGGACGACUCUGAUGCCCACAAUUCGUCCAUCUCGGGCCUGGACAGCUCCAACACCAGCAGUAGCGCCAGGUAUCAUGCCAAGCGCCAUGAUUCCAAAGCCUCGUCCCUCACCUCGAUCAACCAAGACGACUUUGUGCCCCGCGAACAAAAGCGCUCUUCCAUCACCUGGCCCGACAUGACAAAAGUCUCGCCCAGCAACCUGAAGCGCACGGCUUCGCACCUGAUGAAGGAGUGGGAGAAGCAGCUGACGCCUCCCCCAGAGUCGAGAAACCAAGACUACGCCCAUGGCGACUACAUGAAUUAA